GUUCAAAGUUUGACAUGACAUGACUCUCAAAUCAUUUUAUAAAUUUCGUGUGAGAAAUAGUUUUGUAAUAGUAAUUUCCAAGAGUUGCUUUGUAUCGCGUGAUUUGCCACAUGUUCAGACUAUUUCCAUUUAAAUAUCAGCUCUGUGCUCUGGGAAACUCCUAUGAUGUGAUCGCAGAUGCUUGUCGGGAUAAAACUAAGUUCUUUAGCUUCCUGGAAUCCAGGCAAUGGAGGAGUUUUAAGCGCAGCCUUGGAGGCCUCCUGCAGUGCGACUUCUCGUUCUAUCCCGUAUAUUAUUGGUUUCUGCUGGUAUUUAGUGCAUAUGGAGUGCUGCACAGCCUACUUUAUUUCGGCCUGCUGAUCUUCACCAAGGAUCCGGACACUAACACGAUAUGCCACAACAAACGAUUCUACGUACUGUCCCCAGUUUUGGUUAAGAGAUUUCGAAUUUUUAGCGCCUUUAUACAAACUAAUGCUUGGGCGAGUCUGAUGUAUGCUGCUGUAUUUGUGUCACCUCGGCACAUGGCUCCAUGGUUGUGGAUCCACAUAAUAAUGUUCGCCUUAAAACUGAGUGCUGCGACAAUAAACAUAAUUUUUGGGCGCAUGCCGGAUCAUCGAAAUUUGACCAUUAUCUAUUUGAUUGUUUAUGCGCUGAGCAUCUGGACUGUUCGUCAAUCCAUGACGGCGUUUACGACGGCUCUAAAACAGGAGACUCCGGAAAAACUAAUGCUCUUUUCGUGAAUCACUAUCCCAUUUAGGCAAUUAACCAAACAAUAUGUAAAUAUAUGUUGCAUGGUAAAUAUAAAAAUAUUUUAUUCAUUUGUUCA